CCCAUUUCAUUAGUCGGUCACAUUCCUCCUCGUGGCCUAAAAGCAAGCCAGCUCUUAAACCCUGGAGGCGACGUUGACAGGAGAAGUUCUUUGCCCACUUUUACCUCCCGGCUGCUUGUCUAUUUGCCAUUACUUCCGCCGCCAUGGGCCUCCUCGCCGCAUUGCUAGACCACUUCUGCGAGCGCUGCUCGACUCAGUCAGUUUGGGUCCUCGGCGCGUCAGGAUUGCUCUCUCUUGUCAUUGUGUCAGUCAUAUUCAAUGUUAUGCGGCAGCUCCUGUUUAAAAAUCCCAAUGAACCCCCUGUGGUUUUCCACUGGUUUCCCUUUAUUGGGAACACCAUUACCUACGGCAUGAAUCCGUACGAAUUCUUUUUCAAUUGCCGCAAGAAGUAUGGCGAUAUCUUCACAUUCGUACUCCUCGGGAAGAAGACUACAGUCUACCUGGGCACCAAGGGAAAUGACUUCAUUCUUAAUGGGAAACUUAAAGAUGUCUGCGCAGAAGAGGUCUAUUCCCCGCUUACAACUCCGGUCUUCGGAAAGAAUGUUGUGUAUGACUGUCCCAAUUCCAAACUUAUGGAGCAGAAGAAGUUUGUCAAAUUUGGUCUUACUUCGGAGGCUCUUCGUUCGUACGUCGGUUUGAUUACCAAGGAAGUGGAAGACUUCGUAGAGAAUUCCCCAAUGUUUCAAGAGUCUAAGGGUACAUUCGACGUCUGCAAAACCAUUGCUGAAAUUACGAUCUACACCGCCUCGCGCUCGCUUCAGGGGAAGGAAGUUCGCAGUAGGUUCGAUUCCACUUUUGCCGAGUUAUAUCACGAUCUUGAUAUGGGUUUCGUGCCUAUAAAUUUUAUGCUUCCUUGGGCUCCCCUGCCUCAUAAUCGGAAGCGCGACGCAGCUCAGAGAAAGAUGACAGAGACGUAUAUGGAAAUCAUCAGAGAACGUCGCAAGGCUGGCGGCAAAAAGGAUUCAGAGGAUAUGGUCUGGAAUCUCAUGUCUUGCUCGUACAAGGAUGGUACCCCUGUUCCCGACGAGGAAAUUGCACACAUGAUGAUUGCUCUGCUGAUGGCAGGUCAACAUUCUUCUUCGUCAACAGCAUCCUGGAUUGUUCUUCGCCUCGCGUCCCGCCCUGAUAUCAUGGAGGAGCUAUACCAAGAGCAAUUGAGAGUUCUUGGUCCUGAGCUCCCUUCCCUGACAUAUGAAGCUCUUCAAAAGCUGGACUUGCACAACAAGGUUAUCAAGGAAACUCUUCGUUUGCACGCCCCGAUUCAUUCAAUCAUUCGCAGUGUGAAGAACCCGAUGCGGGUAGAAGGAACUCGCUACGUAAUACCGACCUCCCAUAAUGUGCUGUCUUCUCCAGGCGUCUCCGCAAGAUUGCCUGAGUAUUUCUCUAACCCCUUGGAAUGGGAGCCGCAUCGCUGGGAUAGCACCUCUGUGGAAAAGCUGGAGGAUGAAGAGCAAGUUGACUAUGGUUAUGGAUUGGUCAGUAAGGGCACUAAUAGUCCAUAUCUUCCAUUCGGUGCUGGACGCCAUAGGUGCAUUGGUGAACAAUUUGCCUAUGUGCAACUUGGAACAAUUCUUGCCUCGCUGGCAAGGAUGUUCAAGCUGCGAAACCUGCCCGGAGUUGAGGGCAUUCCAGAUACAGAUUUCUCGUCCCUAUUUUCAAAGCCCAUGGGCAAAUCUGUCGUGGAGUAUGAGAAGCGUGAAGUUGUCACUAAAGCAUAAUGAUUGCUGCAGUGUUCAUUGUCAGUCAGCAUUAUUAGAGAAAGUUGGAAUAAUAAAAUGGAGAGGUGAGAAGACAGGUAGAAAUGAGUGGAGAGAUACUGCCUCAAUACCUGGGCCUCAUGGUCUAUCUGCUACAUCCUAACAGCAUUAAUUGAUUGUUUUGUAUUGCGACAGCUGUUAUUCUUAUAAACGACUACCCAUUCUGUCUGUCGGAGCUAGAUCUUAGAUUUUUAUGGCUACUUCAGUUUAAUACAGUGAUAGGUAGUAAUAAUAUACGAACGGAGACAGGUCGGCGCACCCUUGAACAGUAAACAGGCCCAAGUAGGUUUAUCCUCUCGCUUUUCUCCUUUCUUCGCUCCUCUUCUUGGCCCGAACUUCAGCACGCCUCCUUUCACCACCAUCAACCUUAUGCCCCAGUUUGUCUUCCCACAUGCCCUCCUGAACUUUGAUCAAAGCUGCAGAACCAUUUGUACCUUUAACUGGUUGCAAGAACGGUCCCGUGACUUUAAACCCAUCGUAGACCUUCAUAUGUGCAUACUUUCUCAAUGGCUCGGAAGAAUUGUGGUGAUACUCGGUAGCAUCCGGGGGUAGGUUUACGACUACCCUUUUCAUCCCUGGGGACAGCGUAGCAGAAGAAUCCGAAUGAGAUGUCAAGCUGUUAUCAUUCUUGUCCUGCUCGUUUCUUUCUGCAGGAAUCUCGACAACUCGCAGUUGAGCGACACCAUCCACCACAUGCUGUAGGUCACCGCCAGGGCCGUAUAACCCCUGCCUAAAUCUCUCUCUCUUUCGAAGAAGAUAACGUCGCUGACGCGCCGGUUCAAUACCCAGAUCGCGAAGCUCAGCAGAGUUAAGUGUGAAGAGUUUCUCCCAGGAUGGAAUCUUGCUAACAAAUUUCGACAUAUCACGACCAAUCAACGUAAGAAAGGUUGGAACGUCGGGGACGAACGGGGUCGGUGAGGGUAUUGCAGGAGUUGCGACAUUUUUGUGAAGGAACCGAAUACAUCGCUUCGACACUCUGACAUUCUUGAUGAGGGAUGAUGGUAAUAGGCGUGAAUUACGCAUUGCCAUAGCCAUGGCCUCCAUCUUGUAGGAAAUCCCUAUAUCGUAAAGGGAUGUGCCCGUAUUUCGACGAAGCUCUAAUUGGCCUUAGACAAAGCAAGUAACAGGAUUUUUCAGAACUUGAGGGGCUUAAAUUAUCAGAAUGGCAUUUGGUGUUUGGCAAGGUCUCCAGAAGCACGAUAA